UGUCCUCAGGACUGGCAGUGGAGCAUACAGAGCCCACCACUCCGCACUCCCACCAAGAGGCAUCUUCUGGGGCAUCAUCUCCUAAAGGGAUGGUGUCAGAAGGGGCAGAGCCGAGAAGAGAAGCAACUGGCACAGAUGUGUUGAAACCAGCGAGUAAAGGCAGUGCCCUGGAGGAAACCUCAGCAGCUAUUACUCCCCCGACAUCCCCAGCUUCUGGGACUGCCUGUGGUGGUCGAUCUGCACGUACCAUAGUCAAGGAUGUGAACCCAGAGGUGCUCAGGAGUGGAGUUGCCUGCCUGCCUGGUACCAGAGAUAAAUCAGGACGUGCAGUGGCCAUAAUAACGACGAGGAACACAGCCUGGUUAAACCCCCACUGCAACACCACUGAGCUCGUACGCCUUCUUCUGUACUUGCGUAGCAUCCCAAGACCAGAAUGUCAGGCUUUGGGUCUAACUGUUCUUGUGGAUGCUCGUCGCUGUUCCCCGGUUCCUGCUCUCUUCAAGGCGUUCAGCAUAUUGCAG